UUAUACUAUAAUGUAAAUAAAUAGCGCUUAACAGGAAAUAAAAAUGUAUUCAUUUCUUAGAGACUCUUAAUUUAGGUAUCUUGAAUUCUACAUAAUCAUUAUGAUCGUUCGUCUCUAUAUGAUGAUUACAUUCUUUUGACGUGCGAGAGAGAAUCCUGCAAUAAGAUUAUAACUAUAGUUCCAAUUUGGCAGUCUAGUAAGUGCCUGAAGUAUAUAUACUUGCAUGUAGAACUAUAUUUUCCUAGAAUCAAUAAUUUGACUCUGUUAUACCUUCACAGUGAUUAGAUGGAGAGUGUCUAUUUCUAGAAACUGAUAACCUGGAAAUCUACUGUGAAACCAAAAAGCUCUGUAUGGUAUCAUCUAUACUGUAUACUAUAAUAUGAUAGCUCGUUAUGGGCGAGAGGCAUUUCGUGUGGGAUGAAAUUUCGGAGGGAUUACUUUUAUCGAGGUAAAGUGCGGCAAAGGCAGAGGAUGAGCAAGCGAAGCGAGGAAAGAAACGGACAACCGCCGUCGAAACGUCGAAGAUUUAUUGCCCACACGCUUAUUUAAUUCUGUACUACCGAGAAAUGUUAAAUGACAGUGAGAAGCUCAGAUUUCGGAAGCAUUAUUUGCGAAAAGUGACACCGGAUGAGCCAGACAUCAUUAUCCUGCAGGACAUCAAAGACCUCGUGCUCUUUCUCCUCGUAACAUCCGUUAGCCCGCAGUUCAUAAACUUUCUCCACCUAUCGGUCGUCGACCGAUUUCUGAGGGCACUAAUCAUCUACUUCCAACGCUACGUGGAGAUAUGGGAAGACCUGGUGCAGGAGCGGGCGGCCACCAUGAGAAAGGCACCGAAUCCUUUGGCACGCGGGCACAGAUCUCGCUACGCCGACGAGCUGCAUGCCCUACGCUGCGUCUUGGGCAGAGAGUACGUGGACCUACUGCUGGGCUGCCGGGACGGACCCCGCUAUCAUCAUAUGAUGACCGGAGCGAAACGCACGGCUACGCAAUCACAGGGCGAGAAGGACCUGCGGAUCUAUGAAGCAUUGAUAAGCGUAGCUCAUCGAAUCGUAUGGAUAGCAUUGCAGCGCAAACAUUAUACCUUAAUCGAGCUGGAGCUGCAUAGGUUGCUCCGAACCGAAGCGUACAACACCGCGCAAAGACAAAGCGGCAGCCAGCUUAUUAAGGACAUGCUUGAGGACGAUAUACGUAUACUGCACGGUCCUAAGACGACGUUAAAAAGUCGAAAAUUACUCAGAAAUUCCCCCUUGCCUCGCGAACUGAUGUACGCGGAUUGCGACUAUCGUCUUUUAUCGUUAGGAGUGGUAGAUAUCGAUGUGCACCAUCCAAAAAUCGCCUACCUAAGGAACGCUCUUCUCGUCGAUGAGGAGCUGCUAUCUCAGUUGGGGCUUAAAAUAGGAAUACUAGGCCAUAAUCGUUCAGAUUACGACAUAAUGUUAAUGCCGUACGAACCAGAAGAGAAGCCGGCGGAACCAACAGAAAUCGAAAAAUGGCUAGAGACGCGAAGGAGUAUCUUCAUACCUAAACUUUUGGAACAAGUCAUAGAGAUUGAAAGUUUGCCCGAAUUAAUCGAAGAAUUCCCAGUGAAGGAGAUUCAAGAGGCGAAUGAGAGAUACGACAAGAUUCGUGAAAAAGCCCGGAUAAAGUGGAUUCUUCGAGAGAUAAAACGACGUAAACGCGAAGCGAUUGACUCUUACUCUAUAGCGAAAACCUUAGACUGAAUAUAGAAGAAAUCUUACAUGUAUGUGAUGAGACUUUCGCAAAAAAUUAACGAUAUUUACAUAUAUUAUUAUGGAUAAAUUUUAGAUUCAAGUAUCGAAAAGGGUAAUUAAUAAAUACAAUAUUUUUGAUUCUUAUCUAUCGAUAUAAAAAUAAAAUACGCCAGAAAGAAUCCAUUUGUUCCGUGAAGCCGCGACAUUAACGUUAGGAUGUGAACGACAAGGAUGAAUAUAAACUGAACGCUAUAACACAAUGUAAAAAAUAUGCUUAUUAUAAUUGCUGAUGCCUAAUCGAGAGUAAUAAUGCUGAUAUUUUACAAGAAGAUACACAUAUAGGUACAUCAAGCAAUGCGUUACGAUUAAAUUCGGCAUUGUCCUGUCCAUAAAUAAUUACCGCACCUAAUCUACCGCUAUAUACGUAGUAACAAUACAUGCGAUGUUAAUUUAAUCCCCAAUGUGAGGGGUCGUCCUGCAAAUUAUCCCGUCUCCAUUUGCAUCUACAUACAAUAAACUGUCUGCGCUUUUUUUUUUGCAAUCGCUCACGCUCGACUAAACGUUCGUUACUUAAAAUGCGCUUUGCUCCAGUGCGACCCUUGAACAAGUGACACGCAUUAUAUCGCAAUAUAAAAGAGAGAAAAAAAGAGAGAUGUCUCAAUGUUUGGCACAAUGAUUUUGAUAAUAAAAACCAGAUUUUAUAAACAUUUGUCCCAGUCAUUGCACAUACACAUGUAAUGAACUUUUUAUAAAUGUUUUGCUUCAUCAGUAGCUAAAAUUGCGUAAUGUAUGAUAGUUUUCCGUUCCGUCUCGCUGUUACGAUAUGUAUCGACAUUAUAAUAAUUCACAGUAUUUUGCGUUCGUUUUACAUUACUAGUAUUACACGCGGACAUUUAUGACAGUGUGCUGUAUAUUGUGUGGUACUUUAGAAGUCAGAUGGCAGUAAACAAUUCAGCCAUUCACGCCGAUCUAGUUUUAUUUUCAGAAUCUGUGCCAUUAUAUUCCUCAUAAAAAGAAAAAGAUCUUUUCAAAUAAUUAUUGAAAUAUUCUCACGAAAAAAUAUACGUAAUAACAAGUUUCCUCUUUACUUUAGCUAAUACACAGCGUGUCAUUGUCGUCAUUUAUAAGGCUGUAAAGCGUGUUGCACAUUCGGUAACAAUGUUGAAAAAUGAAAAGUUUUUCGGCACUUUUUGCUAAGUUUUACUUUUCGCUUAGAUAUUAUAGCUAACUUUAUUACGUCGCUGAACAUUUGUCUACAUGAAUAUAAUACAGAAUGGACAAAGUGACAAUAUUGAUUAUGCACAUAGUUUUAAUAUAACAUUAUUUCGUAAAUGUAAUCAUUUAACUGUUGAUUACUGCAAUUGAAUGAUGAAAAAAAACAUGAUUAUAUACACUACAUAUUACAUAUAUUUAUGUAGACAUAUGUGUUUUUUUAAUAUAAAUUCUCAGUCGUGUAUUUGUAUAAACAUAUUCUACACAAGGUUUUACAAUGAAAAUUAAUUUGUGAAAAAAUGUAUUUUAUUUAAAUUAAAUUCAAAUAAUAUAUUCUUGAAGGAUGA